AACACCGAGACAAACGAAGGUUGACUGACUGCUGUUACCAACAACAAAAAGACAAACAACGCAAUAGUAUCUUUUUUAUUUACCUUUGCGAAAUCGAUUAUUACUGUCAAAGCUGAAUAUAUUCCCAGUACAACCGUAUAAGAAUCAGAAGUUUGCAAAGAGGUUCAAAACGAGUACUCGAGUGCAGUCCAAGAGGGCAACGAGGUCGUGCUCGCGAUCACAAACACAAACAUCACAAACAUCAUAACCUGUUUGUGUUUUCAUUGAUUUUGCUAUGUUUUGAAUUGUCUUUUGCCGGUGCUUGUCUUCGGGAAACUCGCUUUGAGUAUCUUGUUCCCCCUGCUACGAGAUAUCUGCAAGGUGACAUCAUGAGCUCUGGAUUUGUCACUGAAAAAGAAAUAGAGGAGAGGCGGCAAAAGCGACAAGAAGAAUGGGAGAAAGUUCGAACAGCAGAGCAGCCCCUUGAGGCUCCUGAAGAAGUUUAUGAUCAUCGGUCUUUGUUUGAAAGAUUGGAAGAGCAACGGAAAAAGAAAGAUGAUGAGUUUGAAGAGGCUCAUAAGCUUAAGAACAUGGUGAGAGGUCUUGACGAUGACGAAGUUGACUUCUUAGACACUGUCGAAAGGGUAAAGGAAACUGUUGAGAAACGAACCCGAUUAGAAGAACGUAAAGAAAUAGAUGAGUUCCGCAAUGCUGUAGCCACCUUAGCUGAAAAGAGUGUUGAGGAGAGAUUGAAGUCAGAGAUUCGUAAUCCUGCCCCUCUUAGCAAGCCUGCAAGUAAUCGCAGUUCCCAAAUGAAGUUGUUGGCUGGUGCUGUUGUUCGGAAGAGAUCUUCUAAUGAGCCCUCACCCCCACCUAAAAAGGCUCACACAGACCUAAAAGAUUCAACAAAUGAAUCUCAAAGUGCUGAAACCAAACCAGACGUCAAAUCUGAUCCUGAAAUUUCUGAGAAUGUAUCUUCAACAGAGCCUAUUAUCAAACCCGCUGGAAUAAUAUUACCAUCAGGGCUGAAGUGUGUCGGCACCCUGCCAGGACUGGGGUCGUACGACGAUAGCAGUGACAGUGAUAAUAGUUCUGAUUCUGAUUGUGAGUUACCUCUACCAUCACAGUUUGAUCUUCUGGGCCGUACGGCUGAGCUCAUAAAGCUUGCUAAGCAGUCACAGCAGCAACAGCAGCACACUCAGUGAAUUAUUGUACCAUGUCCUAGCCUCUCUGAGACUGCUAUAAAUUUUAUUGUUAUUUUAAUUAAGUAUAUAUCUCCCAGUGAUAUUUAAAGUGAGAUGCACUGUAUAUUUUCCAUUCUCCUGGUGAUCUCGAUUUGGUCUUGCUUUUGCUGAAGAAUGCGUGUUGCAUGGACUUUUUUUCUUCUUUACUCUUAGCAAUUUAAUUAUUUUUAAUAUUACUGCUGGGAUUUUUCCUUGGAAGAGUGUGAUAUUUUAGUUCUUCUUUCCCACAGGUCCUUGAAACAGUCAUCUGGUUUUGAUGUAUUUCAAUUGUUUGACUUCUGCACCAUUCAUUUGGUCCAGGGGGAAAUACAGAGGGAAGUAUGGGUGCUUAGCAUCCCGUCUUGAUACCAUAUCUGUUUGCUAGUUAUGCUUAGUCACACAGAGUGAUGUGUUUCAAAAGCACUGCAGCUAUGUAGCAGCCAUGCUGCCAUGCAAUAUCCUAAUAAAAGCUCUUUGCUAAACCUGUAGAUCAGUCUGCAGUGUACCUUUCA